AUGCUAUCCGAACCAAUCUUCGGCUCAAAGAAGAGCACAAUCACCAACUUCAUCUUCAACUUCUUCAUCUCACCAUUCACAUCCACAACCAAACAACAACAACAACAAGAACAGCAGCAGCAACAAGAACAACAAGAACAACAACAACAAGAACAAGAACAACAAGAACAAUCGAGUAAUAAUAUCACCCUCUCCAAGUUCUUUGCUCAAAAGAACCAGGAACCACUCACCGAAAACGAAACCGAGGCAGUAUUAGCACUCAUCAAACGAUCUCAACCAGAACAACCCAAGCAGCAUCAAGAGUUCGAACAUGUACCCACCGCAUUCAUCCCCAACUUCCCAUCUCUCUCCCGACCCAGCCAACCCACCCAAUACAUCCCACCAGCACCCAGCCCUUCACGCGUCGCAUUCUCAAGUCUCAGCUCACGAAACAGGCGGACAUCCAGACCGAGAACUCUCUACCUCGGCCCAGGUCAAUCGCUGAUGAGCAACUCCACCCGUCUAGCCAACGCAAGAAAUAAUCGACUCAUCCUACCUAUCAAGCCUGAUACUCCACCUCCUGAAGAAACCCCUAAUCAACAACAACAACAAGAACAAGAACUCGAAGAGCAUCAACCAUCGAGCUCCAAACGGAUUAAACAUCACCAGUCAGACAAUCGAACCCAAUCAGCCUUCGCUACCCCGCAAGCACCUCGACAAGAACGCACCCCACUGCCUCGCCAGACCGUCGACAACCAGGCUUUAAAAGUACUCAAGAAUCACGCCGGAACACCGGUUCGACCGAGUCCAUUAAGGAAUGUUACCCUACCCUCUGUCACUUCAUCUCCACCUCGACGACUCGCUUCAGAAUCUAUCAUCUCCGUCGAUCCUCACUCACAAAGUACGACGACACCAAAGAAACGGAAAGCUAAGGCAAGCUCUUCGAUCAUGUCGUCAGUCAUGAAAGAGGUCAACUUGGAGAUGCAGAGUCGAUCACCAGUCCCAUCGCCAAUCAAACCCUCCGAGAUCAUCAACCCAUACUCUAACCUCCAACGACCCUCCAGACAUAAACGUCCCAUCCUCCCUCCCCCUUCAAAGACCACUUCAAAGAAGGAUAUCAAUCCCGAUCAAGUCGAGAAUCGAAAAAGAAAACUUCAGGGUUGUCUGGACGGUACCAACCUGGACCUUUCUGUCUAUGGUGUUACUCAAGAUGACGGAAAAAAUUCAAACAAUCCAAUGGAACACAUCUUACAAAAAACCAUGCCCCAAGAAUAUCGUGCAGAAAAUUCAUCUGAUCGCCCCAAGAGGAAGACUCGACAAGUAGGUAAAUUGCCUGAACGACUCCUAAAGAAACAGAAGCUACGCGAAGAGAUGAAGAAGAGUCAGGAGCCGGAUCAAUCUACCAAACUGAAUUCAACCCAGCCCAAGGAGACAUCAACAACUCUCAACCCUUUCGCCACCGUAUCAUCCAAGCCAUCUAGGCCAUCUCAUGUAGAAGAGGAAGCGAUGGCCAUCGAGAAGGGUCCACAAACGAUGUCCGGUUUGAGUCAAAGAACGUUGACACCAGGGAUUACAGACCGGUCUCCCUCAGCGAACAAGGCGUCGACCACCAAGCUGGGCCGAUUUGGCUCGGCCACCAACGAGCCGUCGGCUCCUUCGACAAUUGUCGGCCGAACCACCCCGCUUGGCUCUUCCUCCUCCCCCUUCAACCCGGCCCCGUCCUCCGCUACAGUCCCUCCCCAAGAUACAAGCUCAUCAUCAUCUUCCCCCUUUUUCGGUGCUCUCUCCGGAUCCACGAAGAGUAACUUCUUGGGCUCUAGUAAUCCCUUCGCGAGACCUACUCCCUCUUUCACACUUACUUCCCCUCAGCCUUCUAACCCCUUUGGAGCAGAGAAACCAAAACAGUCUUCGAUGAUACCAUCGGCUGGUGAUCAAUCAAACCUUCAACAACAACCACCACAACAACAGCCUAAAGAAACUGUCCUUAAAUUCGACGAUCAAUAUGUCUUGAACUCGUUCGAUCAUGAUCUGUUACAGAACUUUUUCCCGUCUUCGCUUACCGCCAAGAACAGUGAUGCUGAAGAUAACGAGGUCAAGAACCUGGUCUUGGGGUUCAAGGUCGACCAACUGGCUUCUUUCGUCCUCUCUUGA